CCGAUUGCAUGCCUUGUUGACAUCUCCAUGUGUUUCAUGUGCUAUCCAGCCUUCACCUUCUGCUCUCCAAGCCUCGCUUUCAAACCGGAAGUAGCGAAGUGUGAAAAAGGUCAAUAUACAGGGUGUUACACACUCAGUGCUUCUGUGUUAUAUACAGCAUGUCACUCCUUUCUCUGUACAGGGUAGGGGAACAGGUAUAUACAGGGUGUUACACACUCAGUGCUUCUGUGUUAUAUACAGCAUAUAGCAUGUCACUCCUUUCUCUGUACAGGGUAGGGGAACAGGUAUAUACAGGGUGUUACACACUCAGUGCUUCUGUGUUAUAUACAGCAAGUCACUCCUCUGUACAGGGUAGGGGAACAGAUAUAUACAGAGUGUUACACACUCAGUGCUUCUGUGUUAUAUACAGCAUGUCACUCCUUUCUCUGUUCAGGGUAGGGGAACAGAUAUAUACAGGGUGUUACACACUCAGUGCUUCUGUGUUAUAUACAGCACGUCACUCCUUUCUCUGUACAGGGUAGGGGAACAGGUAUAUACAGGGUGUUACACACUCAAUGCUUCUGUGUUAUAUACAGCAUGUCACUCCUUUCUCUGUACAGACCCGGGGAACAGGUAUAUACAGAGUGUUACACACUCAGUGCUUCUGUGUUAUAUACAGCAUGUCACUCCUUUCUCUGUACAGGGUAGGGGAACAGGUAUAUACAGAGUGUUACACACUCAGUGCGUCUGUGUUAUAUACAGCAUGUCACUCCUUUCUCUGUACAGAGCCGUGGAACAGGUAUAUACAGAGUGUUAUACACUCAAUGCUUCUGUGUUAUAUACAGCAGGUCACUCCUUUCUCUGUACAGACCCGGGGAACAGGUAUAUACAGAGUGUUACACACUCAAUGCUUCUGUGUUAUAUACAGCAUGUCACUCCUUUCUCUGUACAGGGUAGGGGAACAGGUAUAUACAGAGUGUUACACACUCAGUGCUUCUGUGUUAUAUACAGCAUGUCACUCCUUUCUCUGUACAGGGUAGGGGAAAGGUAUAUACAGGGUGUUACGCACUCAGUGCUUCUGUGUUAUAUACAGCAUGUCACUCCUUUCUCUGUACAGGGUAGGGGAAAGGUAUAUACAGGGUGUUACGCACUCAGUGCUUCUGUGUUAUAUACAGCAUGUCACUCCUUUCUCUGUACAGAGCCGGGGAACAGGUAUAUACAGAGUGUUAUACACUCAGUGCUUCUGUGUUAUAUACAGCAUGUCACUCCUUUCUCUGUACAGGGUAGGGGAACAGGUAUAUACAGGGUGUUACACACUCAGUGCUUCUGUGUUAUAUACAGCAUGUCACUCCUUUCUCUGUACAGAGCCAUGGAUCAGGUAUAUACAGGGUGUUACACACUCAGUGUGUCUGUGUUAUAUACAGCAAGUCACUCCUCUGUACAGGGUAGGGGAACAGGUAUAUACAGGGUGUUACACACUCAGUGCUUCUGUGUUAUAUACAGCAUGUCACUCCUUUCUCUGUACAGGGUAGGGGAACAGGUAUAUACAGGGUGUUACACACUCAGUGCUUGUGUGUUAUAUACAGCAUGUCACUCCUCUGUACAGGGUAGGGGAACAGGUAUAUACAGGGUGUUACACACUCAGUGCUUCUGUGUUAUAUACAGCAUGUCACUCCUUUCUCUGUACAGGGUAGGGGAAAGGUAUAUACAGGGUGUUACACACUCAGUGCUUGUGUUAUAUACAGCAUAUAGCAUGUCACACCUGUCUCUGUACAGGGUAGGGGAAAGGUAUAUACAUGUAUAUGAGUGUUACACACUCAGUGCUUGUGUUAUGGACAAUCCCCCCCAACACACUGAUUGUAUCUUGGACAUUAUAGUACUUGUUUUAACAGCUAUCCAACCAGCACUAUUCAUUAUAUAUAGAGCACAGUGAGCCUUCAUCAUGCUUAUGCCUCUAUACAUUAUGUUUAGUGGAUCUUUGUACCAACGGAACAAACGCUGGUGUUUGAGAAACAUGGCCAUCUCCCGAGAAAUGGCUGUCUCGUAACAAAUUUAACUGUUUGAUCACUGGAGUUCUUUCUCAACUAAACCUCUUUUUGUAAGCCUUUAUCUUCUAAGCGUGUACAGAUAGAAGUAGAGAUCGUGACAAAUCACUUAAGCCAUGUUACAAAAAACAUCAUGACAUAUUGGUACAUUCUCCUUACCAGAGGGGGCACGGGUGGCCCAGUCGUCUAAGGCGCCGCGAUUCGCUGUGCAGAGUUGCAUCCCUUGGGCACGCCAGAAACCUAUGAUUGUGGGUUCCAAUCCCGAUUCGCCCCGAUUAUGU